AUGACUAGAGGUAGAAGCAAAUCAAUUGUACAAAAGAUAGCCAAUGAUGUACCGAAACUCAACAAUUCAGAAAAUGCUUUAGAUUACUUGCUAAAGGAAAAUGGUGGUGAAAAUAACCUUACUCAUACCUCUACUACUUACAAAAUGUCACGAUCCAAGUCUCUCUCACAAGAGGGUGAGAAUAAAAAUAUAGAGCUGGAGAAAGCCCGUGUUGUGGAAUCAAUUACAUAUCCAUUUACUAAUGAUGAAUUCCAAAAGAUUGAGUAUGACAACAUUAACUCGUACGACUACGAUACCAUUUUGAAGCCCAGAGAUAUUUCGCAUAUCACAGACUUGCAAUUGGAUAAUAUUUUGAAUUUUAAAAGUAUGGUCCAAAGAAAUAAAGUUGAAAUUGGAUUGUUUGUUAGUGAAACAAAUGAAGUUUUGUCUAGUGUCGAAACGCUUUUAUCGAAGUACAACAGAAUCUCAAAUGAAACUCUUGAUUUCGACAGAAGGGCCAACGAGCUAUUGGAAUUGCAGAACCUCAACCAGACAAAAUACGACGAAAUCAAUAGUUAUUUGCAACACUUUGAGCAAUUGGAUUUUAUAACGAAAAAUUUGUCUAGGUCAGGAUCUCAUUUGUUGAGCCUGAAAAGAGAGUUUUUCAUCGAUGUAGUUUUAAGCAAGCUUGACACUGCAUUGGACUUUAUUGCUCAACAUCCACAGUUUAAGGAAUCUGAAAUAUAUGGCAGUAGGUUCAGACAGUGCAUGACUCGUGCCUUGACGUUGAUCAAAAACUAUCUAAACAAUGAGUUGAAAUCGGUUGCCGAUUCAAUAAAUAAAAAGUUGCACCAAAAUAAGUUGGAUUCACAUUCUGUGAGUUUGACCAUUGAUUUAUUGAUAUACAAUGAAUAUAACAGCUAUUUGAAAUACAAUCAGAGCAAUUUCAAUCAGUUGAUUUGUGAAAUGCAAAAAAGAGCUCAUGACCAUUCAGAAUACAACGGGUUGAUUGAAGAAGUCUUGAACAAAUAUUUUGAGGAUAGGUUAGUAUUAUUGAGACAAUAUAUUGAUAAAACAUCGAGCGUUAACUCGGUAUUUACUGGCAGCAAUUUCAAUUUGGUUCAGACUUGUCAAGAUCAGAUAUAUUAUUUUGAAAAGUUAAUUGAAAGAGAGUAUUUGUUGUUCAACAAAUUCUUUGUUCCUGGACAAUCGGCUGAUUAUAUCGAAAGUGCAUUUUAUGAGUUUUUGAAGAAAGUUUUGGAACCUUUAUACGAUGCCGAGAGACUACUUGUUUUAAAAGAGCUGAAUAUUGGUAGUUUGUGUCAAUUGACAACAUUGUUGCAAAAGUACUACGAGUUUGAUGACGGCAAUUAUAGAAGUGACGGGUAUUUAGAAGAUGCAAACAGCUCAGUUGUGACAAAUGGGAAAUCUAUCAAGUAUGGAGUUUUGUUCCAACCGCUACUAGACGAGGCUCAAGAAAGGUUAAUCUUCAGGGUACAGAAUUACGUUGACAACAAAUUGAUGCAUUUCAAACCAAGUGCUCUGGAUUUAAAAAUCGGAAAUACGUUGAAGCGUUCUUCAAAUGUAGAGGACAAAAUAAGCCCUUUGGAUGUUGACUACGCUGAAAAUUUGUUUCCUGAUUUGUAUUUGCCAUUAGGAAAAUCAUUGACAUUGUUGUCCAAUAUCUACGAGCUAAUUAACUCAAUGGUUUUUGAUGAUUUGGCACAUUAUAUUGUGCAUGCAUGUAUUGAGCUACUCAAGGGCGGGUUCUUACCUCUCGCAAUAGGCCACAUGGGCCCUGUCGAUGGGCAAUUAGUUUAUCUUAGUAACUUGGUUAUUUUGAGGAAUCAAAUCAACAAUUUUGAUAUCCAAUACACCAGGACUGACUACACAAUUGAUUUCACAAGCGGUUUGAGCGAUAUUUGGCAGUUGAUAAAGGAUCGGAAUUUUGGCUUUAACAAUCGUGGUAUUUUAGAUUUGGCGUCCAAGGCAGCACCAAAAAUUAUUAACAAUAUGAUAGAUGCCAACUAUGAAAUAGAAUUUGAGCUUAGAAGCGCCGUAACUCAAUUUAUCGAUGAGUGCUCGAGAACAAUUUGUUAUCCAUUGUUGCUGGACGAUUUUGAUUCUGGUAACCUAGUGGCCGUCACGUCUGCAUUCAAAGACAAUUUGAUCUCGAACAUUCCUGUCUAUUACAGUCGUAUUAAGCUGGUGAUUAGAGAUCCUGUUGUAACCCAAUUUUUAAUGAGUAAUCUAUCCGGCUUAUUGGUUGCAACCUACGAAGACUUCUACAACAAAAUAGAUGAAAAACUGGAAACGAUGGAUGUUUUGCUGAAAGAUCAGCUAAACGAUAUCAUGGAUGUGGAUACAACCUAUGCAUUCAUAACCGAUAUGAUAGUACAGCUUGGUGAUGAUAGUGAGUUGAAAAGCAAGGCCAACACUCCAGAAUUCAACGAGGAGAUCUUAAGUAGUCUACAGCUCGAUGAACCCGUCCCUGCAUCUGAUUUGGGCAGUAAGCCAGCGUCCCCAAAAACAGGACUUGUAGAUCCACAAUAA